AUGGAGACAAAUCCACCAACCUCAGAAUUAAUGUCGCCGGUCCAUAGUUUCCCCAACCGGUUCUUUUGCAGCGACUUCCAAAAUGAUGAUGAAUUUAAUGCUCCAGCUUCUGUAUACACUUAUAUGCAUGUUGAUUGUUCUCAGUCAUCUGAAGCCCCUGUUAGAUCCCCGGAUGUUGUGAUAUCCAACAAUUUCAUGAACAACGCGUUUAAUAAUGAUCAGGUUAUGGAUAAUGUAGAAGGGGAAGAUUCGCAUAUGCAGGCCAUGACUGUUGCUGUUUCUGGAUCAUCUCAUGGUCCUUCUAUGUUUGCUGAAUCGUCACGCGGCCAGUUAGACGGGCCAUCGAAUCCAUACUUUGUUUUUGAUACCCCUCAGGGGGCCCGUUACUGGAUUCCUAACGUCGCUGAUAAGUUCAUACCAGUGUGUGGGAAAUCUUAUCCAACUUUUGCGGAUGUUCUUUCCAUGUAUGAACUUUAUGCGUUUGAAGCAGGUUUUUUUGUAAAAAAAGGGCAAACUAAAGUCUGGAAUGGAAUUCCCACACACAAGUAUCUUCGAUGCUCAAAAUAUGGAAAACCACAACCAAAGAGGACUUUUGACACCCUAGAUGAAUCUUCUGUUAAGCACCGGAGGACCAACUUCACAUGGUGUGACUGUAAGGCAAGCAUACUAGUCUCGAUCUCGAACGAUUCAUACACAGUUCUGAGUUUCAAUGAUAUUCAUAAUCAUGAACUUGUUGAGAGUUACAACCGUGAUCUUAGCAAGAUAUCACGGAAGCUGUCAUUCUCCACGAAACAAUUUAUUCACAAUAUGAGUCUAAACCGCAUCGGACCAAUGAGAGCUUAUAGAUGUCUUGUAGCUUUAAAAGGAGGGCAUCACAAUGUCAAUGGGACUCCGGUGGAUUUUAAAAACUUUAGCCACCAGUUGCGAAUUUUUAUUGGUGAACGCGACGCACAAGUUUUCCUUGAACGCCUGCGUGAGCGUUUUGACAACCUACCCAACUUCUAUUUUGAUUACACUGUAUCAAAUGGAAAGUUGUCUUCUGUAUUCUGGGCUGAUGAGAUUUCAAAGCUAAACUACAAAGCUUUUGGCAAUGUCCUCGCGUUUGACGCAACUUACAGCACAAACAGGUACAAGAUGGUUUUUGUUCCAUUCACGGGUGUGGAUCAUCAUUUCCAAUGUGUUACAUUUGGAGCGGGUUUGAUAUCAACCGAGUCCAUUGAAUCUUAUGUGUGGUUGCUUAAGGCUUUCUUGAAGGCACACGGUACUCAACCAACUCUCGUGCUGAGUGAUCAAGACCCAUCCAUGCUACAAGCUGUUCCUAUGGUCUUUACCGAAUCACGACACCGUCUAUGCAUGUGGCAUAUAAUGAAAAAACUACCCUCCAAGAUCUCUGCCGACGUGCUCGAUAACACUGAUCUUCGGUCCUGCAUUCACCGGUUGGUUUGGAAUGUUUAUAUCAAACCUGAAACGUUUGAGUCCCGCUGGAAUGACCUCCUACAAACAUUUGGGCUUCAAGACCACAGCUGGUUGAACGACAUGUACAACAUCAAACAUCUCUGGACAGCCAACGAUAUCGUCAACGUGUAUCGGAGUACAAAACCUCAUCCAUAA